CAUUGUCACCUGGAACACCGAGGACAAAGGCGAAGGGGAUCCGAAGACAAACACCGGCCUCGAAGUCGGCGACCGACGACUAUCCAUACUUUGAGCCUCGAUUUUACGGUCUACACCCGGCGAAUGAUCAAUAUGGCCUCGAACCCAAGUGCAGUUCAUAAUGUUCGAUCAAACCGGGCGGCCAAUAUGGGUUCAUCGGGAUUGAACAGCGACAGAACACGGGGCGCUCACGCGAGCAUGGGAAAAGGCUUCGGUGGUGGUAAUUCAGGGUGGAACUCCGGUAUCUGGGCGAGCGGUUACGAAGAUCAGCACACCGCAGAAAUUGCCUUCGAGGGUAAGGCCGGAUCGAGCUCUUUGCUGUCAUCUUCUGAAUCAGAUGGAUGGAGCAGCCGCCCCAAUCUCCCUUGGCAAACGGUCAACACAUCUAACUCUUCCUUAUCCCGAGCAUCAAAUGGGGGCAUGACGACUUCUCCCGUACAAACACGUCCCAAUGACCGCAGCGCGGCUGGUCUUCCCGAAGCCACCGACACAACUUCAUACUUUGCCAUGCCCAAGUCGUCGGGAAUUGGGGGCUCGAGCGGGGGUGCCGGGCACAAGACUUACCUCAGCACUGGGUCUGACGGCAUCUCACCGUCGGGAGACGGAAUUAAUCUAGGCAAUUUCGGCACGGUGAGAAACGGGGAAACCAGACGACAAGUCAACCCGUCGGCAUUUGGGGGUAGUCCCGUGGGCUCUGCGUUUCCGAUGAAAUCGGGGUUCACCAGCCCGCUGGACAAUCAAAGAGUCGACGAGGUGACUACAUCGAUGGGCAGGUCAACCCGGCAGUCGGCGCUUCCGGAAUACAUGACACAGCAUAUUGGGCGUAACUCGUAUUCCCACUCCGCACACAGUUCUGCUUCUUUCGCACCACAGAGACCAUCGCACGCUACUUUCCCAUCGUUCCAUUCAGAAACCCAGGGCUACGAGGGCCGGUCUGGUAGCGGGUCCGUGGACCUCAACGGUGGUCUGAACAACUUGCAGCUCCACGAGGGCAACUUUCCCGCGCGUCCUGCUCUGAACCGUCCAGCAUAUAUUCCGCAUAAAUCAUACGAUGCCAGUCUUGCACGCCUCAAAUAUCAAAACAGCGGUGACGAGAGCGAGUACCAGCUUGGUCCCUCAUACGUGCCCGAAGGCGUGCCGCAGGAUUUGCAACUAGGAUACCAGUCAAGCAGGUCCCGGGUUCCAGAUGCAAACCCGUUAUCACCCACGGAUUACCGCAUGGACAGCCCUUUCUAUGGCCAAGAAAACGUGGCACAUUUCCGGAGUGGUUCUGCAAGUCAAGCAGCGGGCAGCACGGCCGCACUCCUAUCACAGAAUUUCCGUGCCGAGCAGGAGCUUUCGCAACAAUCGGCCAAUACACUCCAAAGAGUCGCAUUUCCCUCGGGAUACGAUCUCGCCGGAUAUCAAGCGCAGCGACUAAACGCUCUGUCUUCCUUCUAUAAUCCUGUGGCACAUCUUGGCGGAGCGAAUCUGGUCCCCCGAAGCCACCGUGACAAUGACUCUUCCCAAGUGGUGCGAAGCCCGGUCCUGGAAGAGUUCCGGGCUCAGAACAAAGGAAACAAGCGUUAUGAGCUGAAGGAUAUUUAUGGUCACAUUGUGGAGUUCAGUGGCGACCAGCACGGCUCCCGCUUCAUCCAGCAGAAGCUCGAAACGGCCAAUAGCGAUGAGAAGGAACAGGUGUUCCACGAGAUCCAGUCUAAUAGCCUACAACUGAUGACCGAUGUUUUCGGCAACUACGUCGUUCAGAAGCUCUUUGAGCACGGCAAUCAAACGCAGAAGAAGAUUCUGGCAAACCAGAUGAAGGGACAUAUCUUGUCCCUUUCUACCCAAAUGUACGGGUGUCGGGUAGUGCAAAAGGCCUUGGAGCAUAUUCUCACCGACCAGCAAGCAUCGAUGGUCAAAGAGCUGGAGACUAAUGUUAUCCGCUGUGUCCGGGACCAGAAUGGCAAUCACGUCAUUCAGAAAGCCAUUGAGAGGGUGCCCUCGGAGUAUGUGCAGUUCAUCAUCAGUGCUUUUAAAGGACAAGUGGAACGACUUGCCACACACCCUUACGGGUGUAGGGUCAUACAACGCAUGCUCGAACACUGCCAGGAAGUGGACCGAGAGUCCAUCCUGGGUGAACUGCACGCCUGCACUUCCAAGUUGAUCACCGACCAGUUUGGAAACUACGUGAUCCAGCAUGUGAUCGAAAACGGGGAAGAGAAGGACCGGUCGCGGAUGAUCGUGAUCGUCAUGUCGCAACUCCUCACCUACUCGAAGCACAAGUUUGCCAGCAACGUGGUGGAGAAGAGCAUUGAGUAUGGCGAGGAGUCUCAACGCCGGCAGAUGAUCAGCAUGCUGACGAGCGUCAAUGAUCGGGGGGAGAGCCCUCUGAUUGGCCUGAUGCGCGAUCAGUACGGCAACUAUGUCAUCCAGAAAGUUCUCGGACAGCUGGACGACUCGUCCGAGGAGAAGUACGCUCUUGCCGCGCGCAUCCAGCCGAUGCUUGACCAAUUGAAAAAGUACAGUUAUGGCAAGCAGAUCGUGGCGAUCGAGAAGUUGAUUGGAGGCGUCAUUCCACCUGCGGGGGGCCCUCUCCCCCACACGGCGACAUCGACGACGCCGCCGAACUCGCACAAAUCCUCUCCUCAACCUUCGAAGCGCGCGGUGAACGGGGUCGAGAACUGCCGGGCCCCUGUGGUCGGGGCGGCACCCCCGACGCCGCCUCCUACCGAUACUCAGAGCAAUACCGAUGGGUCUACGGAAUCCAAGCACAUUGCGAAAAGUACAGUGACCCCACUGGCGGAAUGCGAAUCGAUCAGCCCAGUGACAAGCGGCUCCGUUGAGGCCACUGGUGCCACAUAGGCUAUGACGACUUGAAUUACAUUAUUGCUUUCUCCUGCAAC